AUGACGUCCACCGCCGACCGCCCUCAGGGGGCGCGCCCACUAUCGGGCGCCAGUCUGCCCGGCAACGUAGGGUGCAACGAGGAAUUCCCCGACUUUUGUUUACACCACGACCACCACUCGGCCGGCAGCCAGGCGUCCACAUCUUCACCCGCAUCCACGACCCCUACCACCCCGACCACCGCCGACCGCCCGUUGUCGUCUGCCUUCUCGACCACGUCCGAAAUAACAUCAUCCCCCGCCUCUUCUACCGCCUCCUCACGAGUCCGUACAGACAGCGGAGCCAGCACCAAUACCACUUGCUCCCCCAGCCCGAGAAGCAGACGAGACAAGACCGAGCUACAGGCCGCCCGCCUCCAGAGAUCGGGGAGCAGCAACCUCGCCCUCACACGCAAGAGCAGCGUAGCCAAGAAGAACCGAUUUCGUUCCGCCACCGGCUCCUCGCCCGCAUCCGCCCUCGCCGCCGUUGAGCCGCCGCAUGAUCAAGGCCUGACGAGGAUGGCGUUUGCGGAACAGCAGAAAUGGAUCACGGUCCAGCAAAAGACCUUUACAAAAUGGAUGAACACCAAAUUGGAGGCUCGCUCGCUCGAAGUAAAAGAUCUCGUGACUGAUUUGAGCGACGGUGUCCUCCUCAUCCACUUGCUAGAAUGUCUAUCCAAUGAUACCCUCGGACGCUAUGCCUCCAAGCCAAAACUCCGCGUACAACGAUUCGAAAAUGCAAACACGGCGCUCGAUUUCAUCAAGGGCCGCGGUAUCCAAAUGACCAACAUUGGUGCCGAGGAUGUCGUCGACGGAAACAGAAAGAUCAUUCUUGGCCUGAUAUGGACGCUGAUUCUGCGCUUCACCAUUAGCGACAUCAACGAAGAGGGCAUGACGGCCAAAGAGGGACUGUUGCUGUGGUGUCAAAGAAAGACGGCCUGCUACGACGAGGUGGACGUCCGCGACUUCAGCGGCAGCUGGAACGACGGACUCGCCUUUUGUGCCCUGUUGGAUAUCCACAGACCAGACCUGAUCGACUACGACGCACUAGACAAGUCGGAUCGCCGCGGCAACAUGCAGAUGGCCUUCGACAUUGCGCACAAGGAGAUUGGCAUUCCUAAGUUAUUGGAUGUCGAGGAUGUGUGCGACGUUGCCAAGCCUGAUGAGAGGUCGCUGAUGACAUACAUCGCCUACUGGUUCCACGCCUUUUCUCAAAUGGAAAAGGUGGAAAAUGCAGGACGCCGCGUAGAAAAGUUUGUAAAUAACAUGGCCGGUGCAUGGGACAUGCAGAGCGCGUACGAAAGGCGGAUGAGGGAGCUUCUGAGGCAGAUCAAGGAGCAGAUUGAAAAGUGGCAGCAGGCCACAUUCGAAGGCACAUACGCCGACGCAAAGGCCCAGGCGAACGAGUUUGCGGCGUACAAGCGAGGGAAGAAGAGAGACUGGGUUGCUGAAAAGAGCGAGCUCGCCACUCUGUUGGGCAACAUCAAGACGAAACUGGGCACAUACAGACUGCGGCCGUAUGACCCUCCACCAGAGUUGUCCCUCGAGACGAUGGAGAAGGACUGGGCCGGCCUGUCACAAACGGAGAUGAAGAGGGCGCAGUUGAUCAACGAGACCAUUAGAGACAUCAAAAAUGCAUUACGCAAGUCGUUCGCCGACAAGGCCAACGACUUCGCUAUGGCGUUGAACACGAUGCAGCUGGCAAUCUCAGGCUUGGACGGCGACGUCGAGGACCAACUCCACCAUGUCCGCAAGCUCAGCGACAACCUGCCGCCGCUGGACAAGUACCUCGACACCAUCGCCGCCGUGGACGCCAAGUGCCAGGAGGCCAAUAUCGAAGAGAACGACUUCACAAUCUACACCUACGACGAGCUCGUCUACGAGCACAGCCUCGUCAAGUCGUCGGUGCAGAAGAAGCUCGCCUUCCUCGACAACCAAAUGGUCGCCCGCAACAUGACCAACCUCACGCCCAUCCAGCUCGAGGAGUUUGAGUCCGUCUUCCGCCACUUUGACCGCGACGACACCAACUCGCUCCAGGAGCUCGAGUUCAGCGCCGCCCUCGCCUCCCUGGGCCUCGUCUUCUCCGAGGACGAGAUGCACGACUACUUCAUGGACACGUCGCACGGCCGCGACCACGUCACGUUUGAGCAGUUUAUCCGCUUUAUGGUCGACGUCACCGAGGACCAGAACACGGCCGAGCAGGUCUUCCAGUCCUUCCGCGAGGUCGCCGACGGGAAGCCCUACGUUACCGAGAUGGACCUCCGCCACUCCCUCGUGCCGGACGAGGUCAUUGACAAGCUCAUUGAGAUUAUCCCGCCGCACAACGGGCCCGAUACGUCCGAGGAUAGGGGCAUGCCGCAGUACGACUACAUUGCAUUCAUGGACAAGCUCAUCAGUGACGAGAAGCAGGGCGCCACGGGCGUGCCCAGCGGCGUCUUGCAGGAGCGCACGAACCGGGCUAGUAUGCUGCCGCCCAAGGAGUCCAAGAUGAAUGGGAACCACUGA